AUGGUCUGGGGGCUCUCGGGUUUUGGGUUUCCACUUGGCGGCAGAGGGGCGGGAGCAGAGGCAGUGGAAGGCGCCACCGAGGAAGAAGAGGUGGAGGAGGAGGAAGGCGGCGAAUCCCAGGAAGAAGAAGAAGAGAUAGAUUGGAUUGAAGCUUUAGAGUUUGAAAUUCGUAAUGUGGGAUCUUCGCUUAGGACACCAUUUGACAAUGUUCCUGCAAGGUUUUGCAUCGGGCAUGACCUUAGUCACGUCGAGUGCAAGUGUGACAAAAAGGUGAUUUACAUCACGAGGUUAAAGAUGUUGCCAAUGAGAUCUAGUAUUUGCAAAUGAGUUUAUGUUUUGAUAGUAUAUGACGUUGAGACAGUUGGAAUUUAUGUUUCUUUUAGUUAUUUUUUUCAACAAUAGUUAUUUUAAUAUAUUAGAUUUCAUUUAGAUAUUAAUUGAUUUUGUUUUGUUAGAAUGUGAUACUCUCUAUAUUGAACACGAUAAUUUUUUAUUAUAAUAAAUUUC